UCCUCAUUCGCCAGCUGGGGAUCGCACUCUCUUCCCUGCUUUGACACAGCGUCACUUGUGAAACAUAAGGGGGAAGGAAGAAAAUACACACUCGGGCCAAACCCCAUCCGCACAGGAGAAGAUGCCUGAGCCCAAUAAGUACCGAGAGUGGAUCCUGGAAACAAUCGACUCUCUCCGCUCGAGGAAAGCCCGUCCCGAUCUGGACAGGAUUUGUCGAAUGGUCCGAAGACGACACGGGUCAGACCCGGACCGAACCAGGACAGAACUGGAAAAACUGAUCCAAGAGCAUACGGUGCUUAAAGUUAGCUACAAGGGCUCCAUAUCGUACCGGAAUGCGGCGAAAGUGCAAAGGAAAAGCCGAAAGAAGAGUGAGUUUACGGCCGCGGGCAGCAGUGGUGCGGAGGCAGCGAGGGAGCAGACCACACCACCAUCCAACAACAGUGCGCACAGCUUCACCGACCAGGAGGAAGAAGAAGAGGACUCGGAGCCCAGCCCAGAUCCCCACACUCAAACAUCAGCCACAGACGAGAAGCCCAAGCAUGCCUCCAGCCCGAGUAGCGGAAACGGGUUCAUGAGCUGUGGCGCAACAUCAGGCUGCACAGUCGGGAGCGGCUGUGAAGAGGAGAAAGCAAGUGCACCGAGAGACAAGGGAUUAGGACAGCCGGGAGUGGGGGACUGUAACAUAACACACGCACACGAAGGCGGUGGCGAUGGCAGCAGGAUAACGCCGAGCAAAUCUGAUGCAGUUGGCGGAGAAAAGGAGCGGUGUUUGUCCCGAGAUGACACCCAGAACAAAACUUGCUCCGGGAGCCUCGGCAACCUCCCGCAGCAACAGAGACAGGCUGCGCCCCUCAAACCCAAACUUCGAGUCGAAGGAGGAGGGGGCACCAAAACAGCUGGGGACCACACCAACUCCGACCUGGGUGACAGACUGGUGGCUUCUGUUCGCCGCCUGUCCGAAAAGAGCAUCCGAGGGGGCUCUGCCAGCGCCACCAGAGGCCACAUGAAGCCGCUAGGGCUGAAUGACAUCCUGGGCUACCUGAGCAGCCAGGAGCAACUGUCGGAGGAGAAACUGACUCGAGGCAAAGUCAAAGUGGUCAUGGAGAGAGAGGUGGCGAAGGGCCGGCUGCGCAGGACCCGCUGCGGGAACAUCACUCUGCCUCUGAGGGUGGUUGUGACUGAGGAGCCGAAGACCGCGGACAGACUUGUGAAGAGCGCACUGCAGGACACGUUGACAAAGCUGCCGUCCCCCUCUCCCAGGGAGAAUGAGCCGAUGGAAACAGCCAGUGAAGAAAAGGAACAGGAAGAGAAUGGGGGAGAGGAGGAAGAUCCCCGGAGCUCCGACGAGGAGGAAGGUCUAUCCCCCGUAGCCAUGACAACCGAUCCAGAGCUCAUUGAGAAAACCUUAGAAGAUGCUCCUGAGAUCCAGACGGCACCAAAGCCCGAAAGCUCCCAGCAGCAGCAGCACGAGGGUAAAGGGAUGGGCGGGUCUGAUUCCCUCACCAGCACGCAGCUUCCACCUGUUCAACGAGCUUCCCUGUGCCCAUGUAACAGUGCACACUUAGAAGAGAGAGCUGUCGGUCCUGAUAAGCUACAUAAGGAGGCACAUGAGGACAGAAUCAACCACACCUCCUCAGGCUUUAACAGCCUGGAGUGUAAGACAGAGGUUGGCGUGUCGUCCUGCCUGCUCACACCCACUGCCUCCCCGAGAGACUCCGGCAUGUCUGAGGAGCAAGGGAUGAAAGGAGGAGUUGGCGGUGGAGGGUUUAUAAAGUCUGAGGGGACCAUUGGGAGCCCGAUGGACUGGACAGUGUCUGAUGUGGUCAGUUAUUUCCUGGAAGCAGGUUUCCCUGAGCAGGCAGCUGCCUUCGGGACCCAGGAAAUCGAUGGCAAGUCUCUUCUCCUGAUGCAACGUAACGAUGUUUUGACCGGCCUGUCGAUCAGACUCGGCCCGGCUCUCAAGAUCUACGAGCGUCAUGUAAAGGUUCUGCAGAAAACACACUUUGACGAAGAGGAGUGUUAACAACAGAAAUACACACAGACUAUUGUGUCUGUAUCUACAUAUAGCUCAAGUUAUCAAAUACUAUACAACUGUAUGCAUGAUAUACAAUAGACUUUUCAUCUCAUGUGCAACAGCACACACACACACACACACACACACACACACACACACACACACACACACACACACACACACACACACACACACACACACACACAAACACAAACACUGUGAAUGCUCUGUCCCAGAAACAACACAUAAAGGUGGGACUGGAUUUUUCUACCAAACGGAGCACAAAUGUUGGAGUGAGAAAGUAGACUUCAAAUUUAGGUACGAAAAAAGUAAUGCAAUUUGUCUUUUUUAAUUUUCAAUGAUCAAGCACUUUGAAAUGUUAUCGACCAAACUGUGCAAAAUGUUUUUGUUUCUUUUAAAUGUUAGUUUGUUCUGACCUUUAUGCACACUUGGAAAGAGGUCAGGUCUAUUCAGUGUCAAAGUUAUAGAGAAAUGUUAGGCCCUGAUGAAAGGGUUACUUGCUUGUAGGUGUGUGUUUUGUACACAUACUUUAUGUGGAGGCAUGAGAGAGUAGGUUGACCAGAUUAAAAACAUUCCCGGAAACUUUAAUGGUUGGCACGCUGACCCAUCAGUCGUCCUAUAUGUCAGGAUAAAAUUUACAAGGUCCUUGGACAAAGCAAUAAACUGAUGAUCCCCCCUAGAUAUUUGAGAGGUUGUUGAAUCUUGUCAGCUUGGCAGUCGGCAGGGAGUUGAUUUUGUGUAUCUUAACGUCUCAGAUACCAAACUCUUUGACGUCAUAUUUUAGCAGAACUAGAUGUGAUCUGUUCUGUCAUAUGUAUCAGCACAUCAGGAGCCAGUUUUCCAAAUACAGACUGUGGCUUGGAUCUGCACAAAGCUUUUGAGUUCUUUUGGAACUCUCUUAAGUAAGGACUUGUUUGCAAUAAAAUGGCUAAUAUAAGAACUUUCAAAUUAGAUUGUUUGCAUUCUGGAAGAAUUAAAAGCAACAACAACAUUUCUUCUUGGAAAAUUCAGCAAAGGGUGUAACAAUAAUAACAAUUUACAAAACUUCUCUCCUGUAUAUUUCCUUAACACAUCAUGCAGUCAUAUUAAUUGCAUAACUGAUCACGAAUCAAGAGCCAUGUUUCCCCUUUAUAUAGUUGUUUUGCUGCCACUGGUCACCAUUGUUUCCAGGUGAUUGUAGUUAUGGAAACAUAGCUCCUAGUUCAGAGUUAGCGUUGGGGUACUUAUAUCUUCGUAAAACUGGCCUCAAAAAUGUUGAUCCAACACGCCAGCUCACUGAACUGAAAACAGCAGAACAAUCGGAUCUCAAUUAGCUGUAAUAGAGUGUAAAGAUAUAUUUAAAAAAUAGGUCCAUUGAAUACAUCAGCCUCCAUUUGUUAGUAACUGAGAAACAAGUAUCUAACUGAAAGAUGUCAUGGCAGGGUAAAGCUGAGUCAAUCAAUCAACUAAUCUCAUAACACCAGCAUUUUUCAACAGUUUUUACCGGUCAAACCUUAGAAAACAAAUGCUGCCAAAUGAUCACACGUCUCAUUCCCACCGCCACUUUAACGACCAAUAUUCCAGGUUUGGCAUCUCUGUUUUAACAAAAUUAUGUUACAUUUUUUCUCAGAUUUGUAUGUUUAUCAUUCUGUUUUUUCUUUUAGCAUAAUGGUGUCAUGUUAAUAAUGUUUUCAGUCCAUUCUCCACACACCUAUGGUUAAUUCAAAACCUCCUCUACCUCUCUCCCCUUCACUUUCACUUACUUUGUAUAUCCAGUAACACAACAAGUAGGCCUGUCACGAUCAUUUUGUUGUUUUGUUGGAGGAUAUAUUGCCCCAGAAAUAAUGCACUUCUAAUUCUUAAGUAUUUUCAGCAUGGGAAUGUGAAAGAAAUAUUGAAAUAUCACAAAAAACAUACCACACAACCAAAACAUAAAUCAAAUAGAUUGUGGUCUCUGUUAACAAAAAUGCAAUGCCCAAGUCUUAUAAUGGUAGUAAAAACACUGCUGUUUAUUUUGAAAUCACAUUGGCUAAAGUGUUGGUGACAUUUUUAUGUUAACAAACAUGCAUGGAAAUCAAUGCAUAAAAUACAGAGGUUAAUAAUGAGGUCAGCAAAAGUGAUCGAGGUCACUUCCAUAUAUUGUAGGUUAAAUCAAGGCCUCAUUUUGAGGUUAUUCCACUUAUGUGAAGAUGUAUUUUACUUUGUUUGUUGUCACUGUUCUCAAUCAAAUCAAUGUAUUGUCAUUAGUUGAACCUGUUGGAGAGGACGGCUGUGUCUGAGUCCAGAUCCUCAUGAGGGGAAUGUACAAUGUGUCUCAAGUUAUUUGUUAAAGGAAAAUUUGAGUAUUAAAAGUUUGAA